AUGUUUUUCUCGCAGUAGCUAGUAUGUAGGAUAACAAGCCAGCGGAUCAGAGUUGUGGUCACUAGCCCUGCCAACCGACGGCUAUAAUAGGCUGAAAACAUUAGCAGCAUGGUCUCUGGAAGAGUUCUGCUUUAGCAGCGACGAAGGAGUCAAGCUUUUCUUUUGGCGCCGCUUGUUUAUCUCCAGUGGAGUCGGUGGGUUGUAGUUAGUCUGAAAUAGCUCUGCUGCCCGUGGAUUAACACUCAAGAAGACGGAAAGAAGAACCGCUGUGAAAUCGAUUGAAGUGUAAAAAAUGUGGAUUAUGUUCCUGCUUCACUUGUGAAUAUUUGUGUUUUGGAGGCUUCCGCAUUUUUGUGGCGGUAACAUCGACUCGAAAUUCAGUUUUAAGUCGGGACAAGACCAGCAGCGGACACUUGUUGAAAUGCAAUUUACAUCUGCACGGCAGCUUUGCUAACGUUGGUAGCGAGAUUUAUCUAUCAAGGCUAACAACUUUCUCUAACACCAACGCUAAAUCUGCCACAAAUCCCUUCUUAUAUGCGUCUGCUCGAUGUCGACCGAGUGUCGACAAGUUGUCGAAGUGCGUUUGUUAACGUUGUUCAGAUGACACUGACAGCAGCUUAGCUAACUUGGCUAGCUAGCUAGCUGCAGCUGUUACUCGGCUCUCUUGUUAGCUAUGACAACUAACGUUAUGUCAACGUUACAUUCAAGCUGGAAAUAUGAAGUCAUAUUGUAACAUUGGCUUUUUUUAAUUAACACGUCAUUGUUUGUGAAAGUUAUUAGAGUUUAACUGUACACACAUAAUUUGCUAAGGCUUUGUUUACUCCGCUCUCUUGGCAUAGGAAGACAACUUUUAUUAACGGGAGCUUAGCUACGUUAGCUACUAGCUCGUCCUUACAAUAACACUCAGUUGCUGUAGCCAGCAGAGUUGACUCUGAAUCAACUUUGUCCAACCAGUAAUGUUUGCUAUGGUGUUAAAACUCGGAUUGGUUCACUGCGACGCUCACUGAAAGAUUCCGGACGAUAGACUCCGAGCACCGUCCACCACUUUCCCUCCCCAAGUAGCUGAAGUUGUAAAACUGCGGCCCGCACAAUGUCCGGCUCCCCGGGUACAGGUGGCUCAAACCCCAGGAAAUUCAGCGAAAAGAUAGCGCUGCACAACCAGAAGCAAGCAGAGGAAACGCGGGCCUUUGAACAGCUGAUGACAGACCUGACUGUUUCAAGGGUGCAGUUUCAGAAGGUCCAGCAGCUUCGUUUGACCCAAUCACGGGCGCAGUACUACGGCUCUCUGCCGAACGUCAAUCAGAUCGGCAACACCAGCACCGAAUUCCAAGGUGGCUUUCCAUCCGGAUUGGACUCGGUGAGAGGGACCCGCCACCAUGGGCUGGUGGAGAGGGUCCACCGCAACCGCAUCAAUUCCCCCCAUCGACGACCCAUCGACAAGCACGGACGGCAGAUAGAGAGCUCUCCCUAUGGAGCCGUGUACCUGUCCCCACCUCUGGACAACAACUGGAGAAGGGAACAGCAGCCAUGGACUGAGGAAAAACGGCCUGGGUUUAGAUUAAUAUCACAACUCAACAGAACCAACUCGGACUCUGCUCUCCACACAAGCGCUAUGAACCCAAACCCUCAGGACCCCUUUGGCAUGAACCAGCAGAUGGGUCGAGGUCCCCUCCAGCGCAAUGGCUGGAAUGCAGCGAGUGUAAAUGAGUCAGAGCUGGAUGGCUCCGGAAAUGUUUUCUCCUUCCCCACCCUGACUAACGAGGAGAAUCUAAUAGGUGUCAAUAAGCCCCUUCCCAAGCAGCUUUGGGAGGCCAAGAAGGUCCAGUCUCUGGCAUCAAGGCCUAAAUCAUGUGAAGUGCCUGGAAUCAAUAUAUUCCCCUCACCGGAGCAGAACGCCGGCCUGUCCCACUACCAAGGCUUGUUAAAUAGCGGCGGCUCCCUGCCUGACCUCAGCAACUUGCACUUCACCUCCCCACUCUCCACACCGCUGGACCCUGAGGACAAUGGAGGGUAUCCUAAUCUCAGUGGGGGCAGUAGCACCGGGAACCUGCCGGCCGCCUUGAUGCACCUAGGCAUCGGCAAUUCACAAGGGCUCUCCUCCUCUCUGAGCAAUCCCUCAAUUCAAGGGUCUCUCAACAAUUGCCAGCUGCAGUCGUCGCUCAGCAAUCCCUCCAUCAACUCAUCCCUGCGCCUGUCCAGCAACUCCCCCCGGCGACGGCCUGCUCCCAUUAGCCCCCUUACCUUGUCUCCUGGCACUGAGCAGCGCAGGGGUCUGGCCAAGCAGCUGUCUCCCACCAUGUCCCCGUCACUGUCCCCCAUCACACAGGGAGUUGCUUUGGAUACCAGCAACAUGCCAAGAGAGCCGCCCCCACCCUAUCCACUCUACCAACAAUCCCAGCAUGCAGUGGACCAGGGCCGACAACGCCAACAGCAACAGCAGCAGCAGCAGCAGCAGCAGCAGCAACAACAACAACAGCAGCAGCAACACCAACAACAACAACAUCAACAGCAACAACACCAACAGCAACAGCAGCAACAACACCAACAACAGCAGCAGCAACACCAACACCACCAACAACAACAACAACAACAGCAACACCAACAACACCAACAACACCAGCAGCAGCAGCAGCAGCAGCAGCAGCCGCCUGUUUCCCCCCUUCAGAGCAUCUCUCUGGACUUCAACACAAGCCAACACAACAACAUGGCUGCACUUUUCAACGACCCUUUCAUGGAGCAACAGUUUUCCAAUCGCCAGACAAAGACCCACCCCUAUACGUUGGACCAGUUCACGCUGUUGGAAAACGCGAUGAGCUCCUCAGCAGGGGGUUCUUGCUUUGACCCUUCCUCCUCUGCGUCCUUGCUCUACUACUCCCAGGCUGCCCUCUCGGGGCUUGGUGGCAGCCAUGGCAGCCUGCAGGACCCAAUGCACAUGAGGUCCAACAUGCUGUACACCAACUGCAGCGGAGGACUGCCCAACAUCAUACUCACCGAUGACUCCAGUCUGUCAAAGGACAUCAGCAGUGCACUCUCUACGGUGCCUGAAUGUUUUGACUCGGAGGGAGGCUUCCCGUUGGAGGACGAGCUGCGCAUCGAGCCCCUCAGCCUGGACGGUCUGAGCAUGCUCAGUGAUCCCGACAUGGUGCUGCCGGACCCAUCAGUGGAGGAUACUUUCCGCAGUGACAGACUCUGAACAUAAAGAGCGUCACAGGUUCCAAGAAAGAUAACACAAACAUGGAUUUGCAGUGUACAGUGUGUAUACGUCUGAAUAUGCAUGCAGACAAUCUCUAUAGGGCCACUGUGCAUGCAUACAUCCACUGCCACUAAGAUUCAUUAAAUGUGAAAGACACCACGUACACAGUCAUGCACGCACACUUUUUAAGGUGGAGAUUUGUGAACGAACGCUGUUCACACCUGCUUCAGGUUCCCUUCACACUCGAGCUUGUAUCUCGCAGACAUUGGUUGCCAAAUGCAGUUUUGGGUUUAAAAUCAGCUCUGGGACAGAAACCGGUCCAGCUCUGAGAGUCCGCACCUCUUCCUCCCUCCCCCAAACCCCAAAAGACUCGGACGAACAUGUGAGGCGAUCCCACUUCUUUCUCUUCUCACCAGCUCACAGCCCCCCUGAAGCUAUGGCAACCUCGUCGCCAUGGUUACACACCAUAGCAACCCUAUUGCAAAGCUGAAGAGCAGCAGGAAUGCCAACACACAAACACACACACACACACACACACAACACACAGACACACACAUUUACUUUUCUUACAGCCCCAGUAAACGAGGCAAAGGGAGCCCAGAGCUGUUGUGCAGUCACUGUUCACAGCUGGAGCGUUGACAUGUGUCGGUGGUAAAACAUCUGGCGGCCCAGUUGUUAUCAGGUGAAGUAAAAAACAAAAAAAACAGCCAUGCUGUGGCUACUUCAGGCUCUUGAACAAUCAAGGUAGAAAUGAAGUCUAGAGAGAUUAGAGCUUUUGUUUCAAAUUUAUUUCUUUACAUGUGAUAUCAGAUUAUUUUUUAGAUGUUUGCCAUAGAUCUUAUACAUGUAUGUUAUAUAUAUAUAUAUAUAUAUAUAUAUAUAUAUAUAUAUAUAUAUAUAUAUAUAUAUAUAUAUAACACAUAAGCCUCAAUUCCAGUCUGAUUAAAUUGUAUUUUCAAACUCAAAACAAAAAGGGCAAAGUGUUUACAACCAUGAGAUUUUAUUAAGUAAAUAUUACUGAAGAGUAUAGAUUUUUGAACUCUAUUUAAGAGAUACAAUUCUAAGAUGUAAUAAAUGAAAGCUAUAUUUUUCUUUGCAAUUUGGUUGGAUAUUCCCUGUCUCCUCGGUCACAGAUGAUUUCUUCUGGUAGAACUUAGUCAGCAGUGGGACAACAUCAAGAUCCAUUUAAAGAAGGAACUUCGACAUUUUUCUUCUUUUUAAAAAAAUACUUCUAUGUACAGUAAUUGCACGUUUUAUUUUACAUUUUGUACUGACUUGUAUUGGCGCUUUAACUGUACUUUAAACCUUGGUGUGAAUAAGGGCAUGCGAACUGUGGAUCAAUUAUGCCCUAAAUAUCUGUUUGCAUCUGGCUUUCUGUCCUCGUGUCACAGCAGUACAGUGACCCCCCCCCCCUGUGUCUGAACAGUCAAAGUGACUUAUUCAUAGAGCAGACUGUAAUCAUGUGGACAUCGGACAUCAUGUAACAUUGCACUUAUCCUCUUUUGCACUAAUUGGUUCUCAGUGUGUAGACUUGAUAGUUUUUACACCAGUAAGUAUGUUUUUUUGUUAUCUUUUAUUUACCUGAUAACCCAAAGAAGACGAGUGAAGCCAUUACUAAGAAAAGUGCGACUUUAUGUGACUAAAUAGUAGUUACACAAAUUUCGAAACACCAGCAACCGGCGUUUACUUUUGAUACGAUGUGAGAAAAUUGAAAUUUAUUCUUCUCUUUGAUUAUAUGAUCCUACAGUAAUAUGGUUUUGUAAAGAGCUCAUAUUUGCAGUUGAUUAUGUAAUAACUGCCAUUUAGGGCAUUGAGUGCCCCCUAGUGUUUCAAUCAAGGCAAAGACAAUUUUUUAAUUAAUCAUUGUUUCUGAAAAGGAUUUGGAGCAGAUUUUGCUUCUUUCGCUAUGCAACUUUUUUUUUUCAUUUCAGUGAGACCUGUUGAACAGGUGCAACUUCUACAUUAUGCAGUGUAACGUGGCGUGCAGGUUCAUUUUAUGUGCACAAUGUGGGGAAUCAAAUUAGCUAGAAAUCCCAAUAUUACAUGUGUCCCGUGUCCACAGUGUAUGUUGACUCUCAGUCAGUCAGACGGGCGUCUGCUCCCGCGGGAUUCGCAUCUGACCUGAUCAGCAGUCGGACAACAAGAGCAUUUAUAGUGAGUGAUUUAAAGUAACUCAUGCAACGUUUUUAGACUGCAGGCAAAAUGGUGCACGGCACUGUUUGGGUGUAUUUUUGUUUGUUUCUUGUCAGGCCGAAGGUGUCGUACUGGCGCUGUGUGGACUGUGGGUUGUUUCCCAGUGUAUGAAAGAGAUUCAGUGUGUGAUUAUUUGUCAAAUACAAAAUGACGAGGGGAGUUGGGGUUAUCGUGACGUUGAUUUCUAAGAGUUUAUAUUCAAUUUCAGCUAUUAUACAUUUUUACCUGCUCUCUUGUUAGCUCCAUAAGAUGGAUGGAUGAGUUGGUUUUAUAAGGUUUUCUUUUUGUCUAUUCCUUCCUCUAGCCCUGCUGCUUUCCUGCUGUCUGAAUGCCUGCCUUCUGCUGCCUUACUUUGUUGUUUUUUGACUUUUCAUAUUCCAGCAGUAAACUGUAUCAGUAAUCCUCUCCCUUUAGCUUUAGCUCUGUUUGAUACUAACUGCCCAUUGUCACUUCCUGUGUCUUCUGUUUCCUUUUUUUUUGGGGUGACUUACUUUUUUAGUUGCAUAUAAA